CCUCCAGGCCCAGGGAGAUGCACCACAGCCUGGGGCAGAAACACGUGUGCCCCACCCAGGGUCCCCAGAGUGGGACCAGCUGGGGCUGUGGUGAGAGGCGGUUGAACCCUGGAUCCUGACCACAGCAGGGCCGUUGGCUGAUGUCCCUCUGGGAGAGCUCCCCCGGGGAGUAACAGUCAUGGGCCCUGGAGGGGGCCCAGAGCUGGAGUUGGGACAGAGAAGGCCCAGGCAGAGGACGGGGCCACUCGGGCCAGGACACAGUGGGACGGCCUCUGCGAGCAAGAGGGACCGCUGCUGACCCCCUCCAGGGAGCCUACUCAGCAGUCAGCUGGAGGUGCCUUUGACCCUGAGGGCAAAUGAGGCCCAGGUCAGGCCAGGUGGGCCAUGAGGACCUCCGGCGGCAGAGCCCUGGCCCUGGGCAGCACUGGCCUCUCAUCCUGCUGGGCCUGGCCAUGGGCGCUCAUGGCCUGCUGCCCCCGACAACAGCACCACAGAGCAGAGCCCCAGGCACGGAAGCACCAGCCAGAAGCAGCCCUUGGCGCCUGUGGGACCGCAGGUUCCUGCUCCGGCCCCCGCCCCGGGGCACAGGCCCCAGGUGCUGGCCUGCCAGGUUUUGGUCCGAGCCUCAGCCACCGUGGGUUGUUUUUGGCGGCGGGACCCGGCUCACCGUCCUAGGUCAGCCCAAGGCCGCCCCCACAGUCACGCUCUUCCCGCCCUCCCCUGAGGAGCUCAGCACCAACAAGGCCACCCUGGUGUGUCUAAUAAGUGACUUCUACCCGGGCGCCGUGACGGUGACCUGGAAGGCAGGCGGCACCACCAUCACCCAGGGCGUGGAUACCUCCCAGCCCUCGAAACAGAGCAACAACAAGUACGCGGCCAGCAGCUACCUGGCCCUGUCCGCCAGUGACUGGAAAUCUUCCAGCGGCUUCACCUGCCAGGUCACCCACCAGGGGAACACAGUGGAGAAGACAGUGAUGCCCUCCGAGUGCGCCUAGGUCCCUGGGCCCCCACCCUCAGGGGCCUGGAGCCACAGGACUCCCGUGAGGGUCUCCCCCUCAACAACCCUGGUCCAGCCCUUCCUCCUGCACCUGUCAACUCCCAAUAAACUGUCCUCCUUGUCAUUCAGAAA